UUUCAGUGUUGCAGCUUUGGCCAUCGGGCACGAUUUUUCGUACUGACUCGUGUUUAACACAGGAUUUCUACGAGUGAAAACCACCCAAAAGGGUGUUAAAAAUAGUGGCUUUAACCGACAAAUCGCGCCGUGCAGGAACAAGUCGGAAGAAAGAGUUUAAAAGCAUAAAAAGUGAAGACUUGUGCGCAGCACGCGUGACGUUGCCAGACUAUUGGGCAAUUUGCUUCGGUUUUAAAUUAGAGAUAUUUUAAGUUGUCUCGAGAUUAGCGGUGCGGAGGGAGGCCGCGCUUUUCAUAAUCCUAGAUUUUUUCUUAAGAAACUAUAAAAAAUCACGUUCCAAUUGGAAACUCUUCGCGUGAUAAGGGCGUUGCCAGACCAGUCGCAGCUCUCACGUGCGCACCACUAGUUUGUUUUCAUUCGGAAAUUGGGAAAAAAGCUCCUUGGACUGCACUGAUUUUGUGAAUAAAAAUAAGCUUUGUGCGCUCCCAAGACCGCGAAUCUCCUUGAGAUGUCGGGGCACGCGGAGCUCAAGGAGCUGGGCAUGUUUGAGCUGCGUCCACUGGUCACCAACAUCAGCUGCAAGCUGUCCGCAGUGACGGCGGGCCUAGAUGAAAAGCAGUUUCUCUGCCUGGUCAGCGAGGAUAAUGAGAUCCUGUUGCGCUACAUAAGCGCUUCCUCCGGCCAGGAGGUGGUCAAGAUGAUAUCUUGGUUUCGCAACCGCGUCAUUCACGACGUCUGCUUUGAUCCGGCGGGCGUGUGGCUGCUGGUGCUAUGUUUCGACAACACGCUGCACAUCGUGCCCGCUUUGGCACUGGUGGAAAAGUCGCAUGGCUUGGCCACCGGUUCGCUGUAUAGCAUUACCCAGGUAACCUCCUACAUUAUACCCUUUGUGGGUCCCCACGAGUGCCCCAACUCCAAAAAAUGCCCCAAUCACUCUACGGGCUUGGGCGAGGAAACUGUGGAACCGGUGGAGCAGCUAGCCGAAAAUCUAGAGCAGGUUAUGCUUGAGGGAGAGGAGGAGGAGCCGCUGGGGCACGAUCUACCAGAGCACAUGCUGGUGAGGAACAGCGGAACUGAGGAGUUGGGGCAGCCACAACAGAUGCAGCAACCACUCGACACCACCGGCAACAGCCAGGUGAUGGCCACCUCCUUUAUGGCGUCUAAGACCUGCCCCUAUCCGCUGUCCGUCGUCUGGUGGAAAACAAACAGCGGCCAGAACAGGGCUAUUAUUGGUUACUCGGAUGGCUCCAUCUGCUUUGUGGGUCUGAGUCCCAACUGCCCGAUGAUUGCGAGCACUGCCAUCGAAAACGGAUCUGUGAUGCGUCUGGUUAUUUGCAAAGACAAGGCCUACGAUGGCGUCAUGCUGCUGAUAACGUCCUCGCUGAAGCAGCAGUUCAAGCUUCUGCUGGAACAAAAGGCAAUCAAGUACGUUUAUCCUGGCGACAGUUCUCCCACGACCCGCGAAGGGGCCUGGCAAAUCGUAAUGUCUGUGCAGGGAAAACAGCAGAGUGCAGCAAUGGGUGCACGGCAAAGCAAUAGCUCAGAUCCUGCCUCGGACAGCAGCCAAUUGGAAGAGGAUGUCUUUGCACCGCCGUCCAACGAGGAUACAGUGUGCAGCGGCCAAGCGGCGUCAGGAGCUGUAGAGUCGUCCAUCGUCCCAGCGUCCACAGAGGCUAUAACAGGAGACGAGCCACCGCCGCCGGCGCCACCUUCUUACAGCGAGGCAGUGGCCCGGCAAGCGAGCGAGCAGCAAGGAGGCGUCCGCUUCCAGCAACAGCAACUGCCAGCGGGCAGCAUGGAUGGCAUUCUGCCCGCCACCAGAGCCCGCCUGGCCUCGCUCAAGAGUCUAGGAUCCAAGAAGCUGCAGGCCCUCAAGAUGCGGCUUUCCGAUCAACGGCAAAAGUUCGAUGAAUUUAUGCCGGAUUCUACGAUGGGCUCCUUUGCAAUCAUGGACUCGCCCUCGGUGACGCCAGAGCCUUUGGGCACCACCACCGGAUCAUUUUACACCAUUCAGAAUCUGCGCAGCACCUUUCUGUUGAGUGCCCUGCACAGCAAUAGUCACAGUUUGACUGUGCACAGCAUCGACAUCAGUUUGAAGCCGCUGUUCGUCUAUAAGAUCCCGAAGCACACCCAGGAAAUACUCAUAAGCUCCAACAUACUCUACGGCAUACACUACGUAGACCUUCACUGUCGCAGUGACUCGGCUAUUUCCACAGCAGCUUCGUCGCUGGAGGAUCCGGUGGUCGCUAACACGGACAAGGAGAAUCGAGACGCCGAUGUUGAGAAGCUGGAACAGGCAGAUGUCAGUGCGCAGAAGAGCGACACCACCAGUGCGACAACUACUGCAACCUCAAGCCUGGAUCAAAGUGAGAUGCCCAGUAAUGCCAUCAAUGCCGUCAGCGUGAUCAGCAGUGCAAUGGCCUCCUUACAUACCUCCGACGAAGAUCGCUUUAAUAAUAUGGCCCAGAUCGGUCUCUUCCGCUUUGAGCAUGAAACUGUGCUGCAUUUAUAUCAGAUGGCACAGUAUCGAAAUCCCGCCGGCCAACCAGAGACCCUCACCAAAGAAGAGAAGGCCAAGGCCUUUGAGCUGAAGGAUAUCCACACGCCGAUGGAUUAUAUACAAUUUUAUGAGACAGCGGAUGUGAGCAGUGAGUUUUCACUGCGGCAAAUGGAGAUAAUGCAAUCCGAGUUCCCAAAGAUAAACUACGAUCCAUGCUAUGUGAUCACCAAUAAAAAUGUAUAUACUAUACAGUUAAGGAAGGAGCCGUUUGAACUGUUUCUGGAUGCCGCACUUCAGAACGAGUUUAAUCAGUGCCGCGACUUUUGCAACACCUUCGACCUCUCAUUCGAACAGUGCAUUGAGUUCGCUGGAGACUAUUUGCUGAGGCGGAAAAAGAUCACCCAGGCUCUGCUUACGUACAACGUCGCCCGAGUGAAACCGAUCCGCACAGCUUUAAAACUGGCCAUGUAUGGACACACCUACGCGUUGAUGCAGCUAAGUGCUAUGGCGUUGAAGUCAACAUAUCUGCUGCGAUCACGGUAUAUGGGCCAUCCACUACUUAAGGGCAUUUUGGGAGACAUUACCUAUCGUCACUCGGAGGAUGUGCGUGUGAUCUUGCCUGAGAAACAGGAGCAAGGGGACGUAAUAAGCGGAGAAUUCUGCAGUGAUUACCACUACGGUGUGGACGAGUCAAUUAGCGCCCUUCAAAUGUCGCCUUCAUCCCAGUUCCAUUUGGCCAAUUUGCUUCUAAUCACGAUGGCUGAGAAGGCAGUAAAUGACAAGAAUUACAUACCGCUGUGGAACUUCCUAGUGACCAACAGCAAGUACCACACCAACAUGACAAGCAUUGUUCUCUGCCAAAGUGGACUCUUCUCGUCGGCCAUUAUAUUGGCAAAAAUACGUGGUGUCUGUCUUGAUACGUUUAAUGCCUUGAUAAGCGUGGUUGCCCAGGAGUUUGGGUGGUACAACGAACUAAACGUUUGCCUCUACAAUCUGAGCGAGAAUAUAUUUAUGGAGACAAUAACUUACUUGCCUCACGUGUCGAUGGAUUACUUUGCUUUUAUACAGGAGAAGCUUGAUCAUAUAAGACCUUGUGUAUUGCAGCGUUUGUCCAAACAACUGAAUCCCUUUUCUCCCGCUCUAAGGCCCAUUGUAUCCCACAAUAGCGACUGCGCGAUCUCUAACGAUAAUAACCCACAAUUGUUUGAGUUUUGCAAAAGUAUGAUUGAAACAUAUUUGGCAGUGCUCAUACAUAUGGAAUCGCAGCGAGUGAAGCAUGAUUCUGUUGUAAAUGCUUUAUCAAAUUUCCGAAUCAACUAUGAAGACAAUCAGUUUGCCAUUGAAUCAUCACGUUUUAAACCGAUCUCAGCUGGUUGUGCCUACUGCGCCUGCGUUGUGGAUGGUACCGCCUACUUUUGGGGCUCCAGUGGAAUUCCCAGUUACUACAGUGCUCAAAAGUCAACAGAGCCUCCUGAACCAGCGCAUGCUGUAAAAAGCCUUGAUCUCCUCUCUCAGCUCAAUUUGCAAGUGCACGCCAUCAAGUGUGGGCGCCAGCAUACACUUAUUCUAACUAAUAACGGCCUCUACUCAGUGGGAAACAACAAUCUCUGCCAGUUGGGUAUUGGCCGACACAUGCAGAUGGCUUUGCAACCUAUGCUGGUAACGGCGUUGGAUGGCAUGAAUAUAACCAUGCUCGAGGCGGGUCAAUAUCAUAAUGCAGCGGUGGCGGAUGGAAAGCUCUAUAUGUGGGGAUGGGGCGUCUAUGGCCAGCUGGGACAAGGCAGCUGCGAGAAUAUAGCUACUCCACAACUAGUCAGUUUUUUCAAGUAUAAGAAAAUUUUACAAAUAUCACUGGGCCAUGCGCACACUUUGGUGAUGUGCGGGGUUUCCAACAGCUACAUGGAGGCUACCCACUGCAGGAACGAGCUUUACGUAUUCGGCUCGAAUCACUUUGGCCAGCUGGGCAUCGGCAAUAGCGAACAAGGAGGCGAAACCAAGACGAACCUGCCAGUGCGCCUGAAUGUGGGCGACUGCAGCCUAAGACUGAUACACACCAAAUUUUUUACCAAUUUAGCUGUAGACGAGGAGGAUCGUCUGUAUACUUGGGGCAGCUCUCCGCAGGCUUUGCGAUUGGCCAAUCAAAUCAAACGGCGCGCCAACGCCAAGCAGAAAAUGGAGGAAAACCAGCAGCGCGAGCUUCUGAGCAAGCAACUUGAGGCUACUCUGCUGCCGGCACCCAUCCCGACAACGAGCACCAUGGUGGAGCCCACCACAUCCUACGCAGCGGUGGUGUCGGGUGCAACUCCGAAGGGCUCCAGCGAGACCAAAGAUAGCCAGGAACCGCAAAACGAGGCUGCGCCAUCAGAUGCUACGGAAAUAAUUGCCCCCGCGUGUGCGCGAGAACCAAAACUACUUAAGGCAACCCCGCCGCCAGCGACAUCGGUUCCUGCAGCAGCACCCGUUCCUGCCGCCGAACCGGAUCCCACGGAGCACUUAACGCCUCAUCUGGUGGACACCAGCGAGGUGGCCGGCAAAAUUCUGCAGAUUUCCAGUGGUCUUUUCCACUUCUGUCUGAUCUCGUCCAGCUGCACAUUGUACACGUGGGGCAAAAACCUGGAACACCAACUGGGCACGGAGGACAAGGACCGACGCGCGGUACUUAAACCCUCGCCCAUCGACAGCAUCGAGCGUCCCAUGUACGUGGACUGCGGUGCAGACUUCACACUGGUCAUGACCACCGAUCACAUUGUGCGAGCCUUUGGCGGCAACUCGAACGGUCAGUGCGGCCGGGACUUGGGACCCGCCCUCGAUAGGACGCGACAGAGGGUGGUGUGCCUGCCGACAACCAAGCGACUGAUGCGAUGCGAGAGCCAGUGUGUGGAAGCUCCUGUAGAGAUCAAUUUGCCACGGCCACGCAUCCGACUGGACCAUGAUCCAGUUCGAUAUCUGAAGGUCAUGCCACCAUAUCAACCGCACUUUCUGCAGCCGGCGAACAUCAGCUUCGAUCAGCACUACUCCGUGGGCACUCCGAACUACAAGAGCAGCACAGAGCACGCGGCAACGGGCCAGGACUCGGAUGAUAUGCUAAGCAGCCUGGAGAACCUAAGCCAGAACGAUGCCAGCUUUUCGUACAAUGCACCAGUACUGGGUGACGCUCACAGUUCACUGGACAUGGACUACACUCCCGAGGAGCAGAGCUAUGUUCCUUUGCCAGAUCAAGUUGCUGCUUCUGGAGUUGCGGUGAAUAGGGAGCAAUUGCUGGGCAGAGAUGAUGACGAUGGUAGCACCUUUACGCAGAGCAGCGAGGGAAUCGACGACACAUCGUUGCAACAACUGCGCCACUAUAUUCACUACUGUCUGUACGCCUUUCACGGUUUGUACAACCCCGACAAGAUUGGCGAGUGCGCCCGUCCAAACCGCAACGAGUACCGCAUACGUAUCUGCAUGCUCAACUUUCGAUUCGUGGAAGCCUUUCGGCUGUGCCUGCAGAGCUGCGAUUCCGCCCAGCGCACCCUCAAGUUGUUUGAGUAUUUUAGCAAGGACACAGGCUAUGUGCCGCUGAGAAGAUCCGAUCUUAAGCAUCUGAUCUAUCACCUGUGUCUGCACUUCUUGGAGCGCAAGUUCGACAUGCUAGAGUGCGAACGUUUCUUUAUGGCCGAUCUAGACUACUAUUUGCUUGAACUUGCCUACGUCUUCUACUUCAACAACAAUAACUCGACGUUGGAGCAGAAUCUUAAUCAGAAGUUCAAGCAGCUCAUAGCCGCGGCGGACAGCAAUCAGGCGGCUCCGUCGGCGGGACAGGAACACCAGCAGCAUCAGCAGCUGCAGGACACCGACGUCAUAUUCGAUAGCUUUACGGUCAAGUUCAAGACGAUCCUGUGUCAGCGCCUGCGCAGCUACUCGGACUGCGAGUCUGCCAAUUAGCAGUGGUUGGGCCCUGGCAUCCCGUUUCCGGUUCCGUUUCAGGUCCUGAAUCCUUUCAACUUUCGUUCGACACGCAUAAGUUGAGGGUCCGUCUUAGUUAUAUGUCUUGUUUAAAAUGUUUCGUUGUAGAUUCGGUCCAAGAACCGGGGACUGCCCUUUAAACACACACACACCCCUUAUCCCCUUCUUCCCUUACAUGUUUACGCGUAAUUAUAUAUAUACCAUAAUUGUUGUUUGCGGUUAUUUAUACAUCAAAUGCUUUUUACAGCGCUGUUAUUUAAACGAAAUAUUUAAGACAAACAAAUUGUUUAAAGAAUCCAAUUUUUGUAACGCUUUGUUUGCCAUUGGCUACGCCUGCUUUUAUUUGUUUACUCAAUAAACUAAAUUAAAAAAAUCUGAAACCGAAAGUAAUCCAAAACUGCUCAUCGAACAGAUCAAAAGGAGGCUGCAAGGAUAUACAUAUAUAACAUACAAAUUUUUUGUUUUUUUAUUCGAUAUUCAGCUUGUGAUUUGCAA